CUAGGUUUAUCUAUGAAUCAUUCUAUGAACAUAAGAACAUUAAAAAUUCAUAAGCUCUAUUAAUUAAUUUCGACUGUGAGCAACUGUGAGUCUUUGUUUAUUAUGUGCAAAAUGUGUUGCUAGUUAACCGUCUGUACUUGUAUACCUUUUGUAUUAAAGUUAUAGGGUCAUAUAAGGGUAAUAUAUCUAAUCAGUAUUUCAACAUCUGUAUUAAUUAUUCGUUGUGGCUAUAAUGAGUGAGGAAAAGUCUGAGCAAGAACAAACACCGGAGUUAAGUGCCCACCAACUAGAAAAACUGGAAGAACAGAAACUUAGGUCCAAAUAUCCUGGAGGUCUUGGAACUUCAAACCCUGAUCGAAGCCUGGGAGGGCACUCAGCAUUUUUACAAAAGCGACUUGCCAAGGGACAAAAAUUUUUUGAUUCAGGAGACUACCAAAUGGCCAAACAAAAAAUGGGUAACAUUAAUAAACCUCAGUUGAAAGUAGCAGUUCCAGUUAAUCCUUAUGCAACUGGAGAUGCAAUACCUACUCCAGAAACAGUCCCCAUUCGUAAAACUUCUAUAAUUCAGCAAACAAAGUUUACACCUAAUGUUGGUUAAUUCGAAUACCCUUUAAUUUUAAUGUUUUGUUUUUUGAGUGAAGUGAUUUAUAAAAUAGUUGAUACAUGCUAUUUUGUGUGGUAAUUCUGCAUAAGUUGUCUUGUAUAAAUUAAAUUUCAAUAUAACUAAUAAAUUAGCCUUUUAAUGUAUCUUUUUUUAUUAUAGUUUAAAUCAUUA